GACACGUCCGAGGAUCCACAGAGCGGUGGCAGCAAAGCGUCGGGUGUCCUGCGGUAUCGCCAAGGGCGAUGGUGGUCUCUGACUGUUGCGUCCGUCACCCGCCAACUGCUAGCGACGUAGGACAGAGAUCCCGCCGUUACCUGGGAGAGGAUAUAUUACCCACGUCUCGCUCGUUCCACCGCCUGCUUGGUUUGGUGGAUUUGGCGGGGGGAGGAAGAGGGGCACGGAUUUGCGGAGCGCUCCCUGCUUAGAGAGGACGAUGGAUGGUGAGACGGCAGCGUGCAGCCUCUAGACACUCUAAAGAGGUUACUGCCGACUGCUCGGAGGAACAGGCCGAAUUGCAGCCGAAAAGCGCCCGCAAGGUCACACACAAUCCGGGCGAUGCCUUUGCCUUGUGCAGCCAGGACAAGCAACUAGAGGGCGGGCGUGAGCGGUGCUAAGCGGGGGGAAAGAGGACUGGAACCAGGGACCACUCGGCGCGUGCGCUCAAACGGACCGGAUCCGGAGAUCGCAAAUGGCAGUUUGAAUGAACGGUCGAAGCUAGGUGGAUGUCGCGGAGACCCAGCGCUGCAGAAGAAGACGGGCUGUUGUUGAUUUGAUCGUUCGUUCCGGAAGGACGCACCAAGCUCUGGGAGUGGAUAUUGGCCGGGUGGCUGCUCAGACGGGCCAGAAGCACUCACUUCGCCUGCGUCGGGGCUGCUGCAAGACUGAGACGGCGCGGAACUGCCCACAGCACGUUUGGCGGAAACGUGGUAUUGGCUGGCUGGAUGGGCGAGCUGCGGGCAGGAUGCAGCGACGAGCCGC